AUGCCCAAAAACCAAUCAGUGGCAUAUUUACGCCCAACGGGCAUAAAUAUGCCACUGAUCACAAAAUUUGAAUUAAGAAGAAAAGUUACAAGAGCUAAUAGAAAAAUGUCUCUAAAAGUUGAAGAGGAAGAAGAGAGUGAAAGAAAGAAUAAAGAAUAUCAAGAGCUGACAGAAAAGAUUUCCAAUGCGGUCAAAAAGCAAUAUCUAUAA